AGCUUUUACAAAAGUUGGAGGAUUUGCUGCCCUGCAAGAGAAAUAUAUGGCUGCUGUGGGGGAACAUGUGCCAAAUAGUACUUGUGGGAUUCCCAGGGAAGACUCAUGGGUGAUGUUGAGGGACCCAGUGAACUCUGAUAUGCCCUGGCCUGGGUUCUUGUUGGGCCAAACCCCAGCAUCCAUUUGGUACUGGUGUUCUGAUCAAAUGAUGGUGCAGAGGGCGCUGGCAGCCGAGAGUUUAUCCCAUGCUCAAGGAGGAACGUUGUUCGCGGGUUUUGCCAAAAUUCUGCCAGUUUUUUUGAUGGUGUUGCCGGGGAUGAUCAGUAGGGUCUUGUACACAGACUUGGUGGCCUGUUCCACAAAGGAGACUUGCAUGGCUGCCUGUGGUAGUGAAGUUUCAUGCACCAACAUGGCCUACCCGAAACUGGUGUUGGAU